AUGAACUUGGGAGAAAAUGGCUUGCCUGGCUCUGCCAAAAGUUCUGCAAUUGACCAGAAGACCAAGGAGAAGGUGGCCAUCAAAAAGUUGUACCGUCCUUUCCAGUCCCUCAUCCACACCAAACGGGCCUACAGGGAGCUCAGGCUGCUCCGCCACAUACAGCAUGAAAAUGUGAUCUGCCUCCUUGACGUCUUCACACCUGACUCCACACUGGAAAAAUUCCAGACCUUUUAUAUGGUAAUGCCAUUCGUAGCUCAGGAUCUGGGCCACAUUAUGAAGAAAAGGAGAUUAACUGACUGCAUCACCACAUACCUGUUCUACCAGCUGCUAAGAGGUCUCAAGUAUAUUCACUCAGCAGGGAUUAUUCAUCGGGAUCUAAAGCCUGGUAACCUUGCUGUGAAUGAGAACUGUGAAUUAAAGAUCCUGGAUUUUGGCCUGGCAAGACAGACAGAGAGUGAAAUGACUGGUUAUGUUGUGACACGCUGGUACAGAGCACCAGAAGUCAUAUUCAACUGGAUGCACUACAGUCAAACAGUGGAUGUGUGGUCAGCCGCCUGUAUCCUGGCUGAGAUGAUUACUGGCCACGUACUUUUCCAAGGACAUGACAGUAUCGAUCAGCUGAAGAAGAUCCUUCGUCUGACAGGAACUCCAGACUCCUCCCUGGUCCAGAAGAUGCAGAGUAAAGAUGCACAAUCGUACGUGCAGGGUCUUCCACCGCAAAAGAAGAAACACUUCAGGGAGGUGUUUGCAUCCAUGGAUAAAAAUGCUGUAGACCUCCUGGAGGGGAUGUUAGUGCUAGACCCAGAAACAAGGCUGACAGCUAAGCAGGGACUGUCGCACCCUUUUCUGGCUGAGUAUCACGACCCAGAGAGCGAGCCAGACUCAGACCCUUAUGACGACUCCUUUGAAAGCCUGGAGCUCGCUGUUGGGGAGUGGAAGAGUCUUAUCCACAUGGAGAUCAUGACCUUUGACCCUGACAACCCCAGACAGACAGCCAUGUAGGACGCUGUGAUGUGCUGGCGCCUCCCAGUGUUUGGUUAUACAAACUUUUAAGGUCAACAUCAUAGUCAAGUGUUGAAAAGCAAACAUAUUUUUUCGCGCAUCUGAUAUGCCUUGCUAUUUAAAUGCAUUUUUGUUAAAGGGCAGCUUUAUUUGGUGUGGUGACCUGUAAAGGUCAAGGUUUUUAUUCUGUAAUAUAUAGACAGAAGUUUAAAUAGAAGAAGCAAUUGGCUGCACUCAAAAUGUUAUGCAAAAAAUUAAAUCAUUUAAUUAUUAAGAGGUGUCCUCUCAUUUCAAAAAGUACAAGAUCUAUUGACAAAGUUAUCUUAAAGAUCUAGUUUGUAGGAUUUAGUGACAGCUAGUAGUGAGGUUGCAGAAUGCCAACUGAAGCUUCUCUUUGUGCCAAGUGUGCAGAAGAACUAAGUAAAAACAGGAAUGGCCCUAUCUAGUGUGACUAUUCUGGGCUACUGUAGAAACAACAUGACAGACUCCAUGGUAGAGGACCUGCUCCGUAUGCAGAUAUAAAUGGCUCGUUCUGAGGUCACGGAAACACAACCUCUCUUUGUUUCUGGUGAUUAUAAGUUCAUGAAAGCAUAGUUAAUGACUAUUCAGACUAUUCAGUUAGACUAUUCAAUUUAAUUUCUGCAGAUGCCGAUAAAUUGUACCUUUAACUGUACCUGUUUAGUGUCUUUCAUUCUGUACCUGCUGGCUACAUCUCACUGUUCCUUCUGUAAAAUGUCAGACGUUUGAUCCAUUCAAUGAUGAAGUGGACGGUAAGGAAAUGUGUGAAAAAUAUAAGUAAACAGCAGAACAUAAACUCAAAAAUGUGCGUAUGUAUGUGUGUGUGUGUAAGUGACUUACUUGUAUAGAAUAUACAAGUACGUAGUAGAACGAUA